AUGUGGAUACAGAUGGGUGACAUUGGUYAACAGAAUGGUCUCAAGGUCAAGAUUGCGAUUGAUCGAGGUGGCACCUUCACAGAUUGCCUUGGCAUUAUCGAUGGACAGGAUGACAUUGUCGUGAAGCUCUUGUCACAAGACCCCUCCAAUUACGAGGAUGCUCCAAGAGAGGGAAUACGACGAAUCCUGCAACGAGCUACUGGGCAGAAGAUCUCGCGGGGUGAGAAAAUAGAUGUAAGCGGCCUUGCGGAUCUCAGUAUCCGUAUGGGCACAACUGUGGCGACAAAUGCUCUCCUGGAACGUAAGGGCGAUCGUGUGGCGCUCCUAAUCACCAAGGGGUUCCGAGAUGCGCUUCGCAUCGGCACGCAAUCAAGACCGAAGCUUUUCGAUCUGAACAUCGUUCGACCUGAUGUCUUAUACGAAGACGUAAUUGAAGUCGACGAGCGGGUCACUAUUGAGGAGUACCAGCAGAACCCGGAGCCCGAUAUAGCAGCGUUGGAAGCGUCGCUGCUCUCUGAUCCUGAUCUGCGCAAGGGCGUCUCUGGGGAGAUUGUGAGAGUCUUGGGGAAGCCGAGUGUAGAUUCGUUGCGACGAGACUUACAGACUCUGUUUGACAAGGGCUAUCGAUCAAUAGCCGUCUGUCUGGUGCACUCAUACACAUUCGCGGAGCACGAGUUGGUGGUGGAAAGCAUCGCCAAAGACAUUGGAUUCACCCAGAUAUCAUUGUCUAGCCAACUUCUACCCAUGAUCAAGAUGACAUCCCGUGGUAUAAGUGCGACCGCUGACGCAUAUUUGACUCCUGUGAUCAAGAAAUACGUGGAAAGCUUCCGAGCUGGGUUCAAAGAUGGUCUCACGGGUGAUAACACCCGUUGCGAGUUCAUGCAAAGCGAUGGUGGCCUUGUCAACUUUGAAAAAUUCUCUGGAUUACGGGCGAUCUUGUCAGGUCCUGCUGGAGGCGUUGUUGGCCACGCGCGUACUUCCUAUGAUCCUGAAGAUGGCGUGCCAAUCAUAGGAUUCGACAUGGGAGGUACAUCUACAGAUGUGUCGCGAUUUGAUGGCAAGUUUGAGCAUACCUUUGAAACUACAAUCUCCGGCGUGUCCAUUAUGGCUCCCCAGCUUGACAUCAAUACCGUAGCGGCUGGCGGUGGCAGUCGGCUUUUCUGGAAGAAUUCACUCUUCGUUGUUGGCCCGGAAAGUGCUGGUGCUCAUCCCGGCCCAGCAUGCUAUCGAAAGGGAGGUCCGCUAACGGUAACUGACGCCAAUCUUUUCCUCGGACGACUACUUCCAGAUUCAUUUCCCAAGAUCUUCGGUCCGAACGAGGAUGAACCACUAGACCUCGAAGUAACGAUGAAGCUGUUUACGCAACUCACAGAUCAGAUCAACAGCGAAACUGGUCAGCACAAAUCGCCAGAAGAAGUCGCUUUAGGCUUCAUUGAGGUCGCAAAUGAGUCAAUGGUCAAACCCAUCCGAUUGAUCACGGAAGCUCGCGGUUUUGACACAUCUGCCCAUCAUCUAGCUUGCUUCGGGGGUGCCGGUGGCCAGCAUGCCUGCGCAAUGGCGGCUUCCCUUGGAGUGCGGAAAGUGAUCGUUCACAGGUACUCUUCAGUUUUGUCCGCUUAUGGCAUGGCUCUUGCAGACCUUGUACAUGAAGCUCAAGAACCAGCAUCAGGUGCGGUCAAUGAUUCGACUCUGACUGCGAUACGAAGCAGGAUCGACGGGUUGAAAGAGAAGGCUACAAUGGCGCUAAUGGCCGAUGGAGCUGACCUAGUCAACAUUCAUAAUGAGGCAUAUCUGAACGUGCGGUAUCAAGGAACGGACAAUAGACUCAUGGUACCUGAACCAGCUGAUGGCGACUUCCGGGCUGCCUUCCAUAAGGAACAUGAGCGUGAAUUCGGCUUCACGUUCCCCGAGCGAGAAGUACUGGUAGAAGAUAUCCGGGUGCGAGGCGUUGGCUCAUCUUCGACUUUGCCAGCCGAAACUCCCCACAAGGAGUUCGGGGCCGUGACAACGACCGCGGCGCUGCCUGAACAACAGCGUACCGUAAGCAGAGUCACAUUUGCAACCAUUGGAACUGUAGAUACUCCCGUAUUUGAGCUGGGCAAGCUGGUCCCGGGAAAUACUGUUUCAGGUCCCGCGAUUCUGCUCGACAGCACACAAACACUAAUCGUAGAGCCUGGAGCGACGGCGACUAUCCUUUCCAAGCAUGUUAUCAUCGACGUGCUGCCAAAGGCCAAGAAGACUGAUCUUGCAAAUAUCGUCGAUCCCAUUCGACUUUCUGUAUUUGGCAACAGGUUCAUGGCUAUCGCAGAGCAAAUGGGUCGCAUGUUCCAAAAGACCUCCGUGUCUACGAACAUCAAAGAACGUCUGGACUUUUCCUGCGCAGUCUUCUCGCCAGACGGCAAGCUGGUCGCUAAUGCACCGCAUGUUCCGGUUCAUCUUGGAUCCAUGGAAUAUGCCGUUCGGUACCAGCAUGAAAAGCUUCGCGGUCAGCUCAAGCCAGGAGAUCAUAUUUGCACCAACCAUCCUGUAGCUGGUGGAACUCAUUUGCCCGACAUCACAAUCAUCACGCCCGUCUGGGACGACGCCGGGGAUAGUAUCAUCUUCUACGUGGCUAGCCGUGGCCAUCAUGCUGAGAUUGGGGGUAUACAUCCCGGCUCCAUGCCAUCUGACAGCCGCAUGCUAUAUGAGGAGGGUGCCAAGACUAUAGGUUUCAAAGUGGUCACGGAGGGAGUGUUCAACGAAGACGCAGUCAGAGCAUUCUUGUACGACGAACCAGCCUCAUACCCUGGCUGUAGUGGCACGCGAACAUACAAGGACAAUGUCUCUGACAUUAAAGCUGCGAUUGCCGCCAACCAAAAAGGGGCUCAUCUGAUUGACUCUCUUGUGGAGGAGUACUCUCUACCUACGGUACAUUUCUACAUGGACGCCAUCAAAACAAAUGCAGAGAUAGCUGUUCGAAAGUACCUCAAACAGGUGGCAGCCGAAGGCAACGGGGAGCCCUUGACAUUUUCCGACUUCAUGGAUGACGGAACUGAGAUCAAGCUCAAGGUUACAAUUGAUGGGGAGACUGGGAACAGCAUCUUUGACUUCACAGGGACUGGUCGAGAGACAUUCAACUGCCUCAAUGCGCCCAAAGCGAUCGCCCACUCCGCCAUUAUAUAUUGCUUGCGAGCCUUGAUCAAUGAGGAUAUUCCCCUGAACCAAGGCUGUCUUGCACCAACCGAAACCAUCAUCCCUGAGCAGUCAUUGCUGAAUCCAUCAGAACAUGCAGCAGUCUGUGCCGGAAAUCCCAUUACAUCUCAGCGGAUCACAGAUGUAAUACUCGGAGCUUUCAAAGCAUGUGCAGCUUCUCAGGGCUGCUGUAACGUGAUCUCAUUCGGUACGGGAGGUCUGGAUAGUAACGGCAACGAGACACCUGGCUUCGGUGUGGGUGAGACGAUUUGCGGAGGCUCAGGUGCAGGUCCUUCCUGGCAUGGGACUUCUGGAGUUCAAGUUCACAUGACCAAUACUCGUAUUACGGAUCCGGAAGUUUACGAGCUGAGAUACCCGAUCAUUCUCCGCCAAUUCUCUAUUCGUCAUGGCUCUGGAGGCCGGGGAAAGCACAGAGGAGGGAACGGCGUGAUUCGAGAGAUUGAAUUUCGAAUUCCAUUGUCUGUCUCGAUGCUGAGCGAGCGGAGAGUAAUUCGUCCGUAUGGUAUGGCGGGAGGUAAUGCAGGACAAGCGGGCCUGAAUCUCUUUGUUAAGAAAGACCCAGAUGGGAGCGAACGAGUGAUCAAUAUCGGUGGUAAGAUGGAACUGCGAACGCAGCCUGGGGAAUGCAUCGUCAUUCACACGCCCGGUGGAGGAGGCUGGGGUCGAGAAGACGAUGGAGCGAAUCUCAAAAGUGAUCCGAUCCUUGAGCAGAGCUUCAUCGAACGAGGGAGCGUAUUUAACUGGAAAGCAGCUGCUGAAGCUGGACAAUGA